AUGAUUUCGUCAAAAUUGAAACGAUCUCUCAACUGUAUUAAUCAAUUUGUCAACAAUCCGGAUCACUAUGAGCGAAUGAAAAACACUGGAGCUCCCAAAAAACUCACGGAGAGAGAUAAACGAGGGAUUGUUAGGUUGGCUUCGAACACAAUGAAAUCGUGUAAUGACAUCAAAAACGAGCUGGGUUUGAAUAUCAGUAAGACUACAGUUUGGAGAGCCAUAGACCAAUCCCCAGAAAUCGUUCGAGCCAAAUUGGUGCCAGCUCCGCGUCUCACACUUCGCCACAAAGACAACCGUCUUACUUUCGCAAAAGCCAACAUGGCCACAGAUUGGGAUAAGGUAAGUAAUUUUUCUAAAAACAUCAAAUAUUGAUGUUUUCUUGUUCAGAUAAUUUUUUCUGCCGAAAAAAGUUUAAUCUUGAUGGUCCGGAUGGUUACAACUCAUACUGGCAUGAUAUCAGAAAGGAUCAACUUCGCUUCCCAAAGAGAAAUUUUGGAGGAGGACGGGUUAUGUGUUGGGGCGCAUUUUCUGCAGCUGGAACGUUAAAAAUAGCUUUUGUUUCAUUCAAGAUGGAUUCGUUAGAUUACCAAAAAACCCUCCAUGACUAUCUUUUGCCAUAUUUGAGGCGGUUCCGGACCAGAAAGUUCACUUUUCAACAGGAUAAUGCUGCCAUCCACGUCAGCCAAUCAUCAAAAGAUUGGUUCAAAAGCCACAAAAUCAAAGUUUUGGAUUGGCCAGCGUGUUCUCCUGAUCUUAAUCCGAUGGAAAACGUAUGGGGGGAGCUCGUUCGCCGAGUUUAUGCUCAAGGAAAAAAUAUGAUACUGUGGACCAACUCAAAGAUGCCAUCGAGACGGAAUGGAAUAAAAUCGAUAAGAACUACCUCAAGAGACUUGUUGACUCGAUGCCAAAUCGUCUCUAUGAUGUCAUUUCUAAACAUGGAGGUCCAACUAAGUAUUGAUUUUCGAUUAUAUGUCUCCAAUGGGAAUUCUGGAUUAGGUGAACCUAUCGUUUUGAAACGCUAAAUUUUUUGAAAUUUUUUGAACUCCGGUCAUUUAUUUUUUUAUUUUUUGUUAGUUUCAGAUAAAAUUGAGUUUUCUUAGCUAAUUUUGUGUGCUCUUUUUUAUUUUUAACUCGGAUUGUGAUUACAACUCACACCUCGGCUGAUUUCAGAAAUUUUGGGGGUGAACCUAUCAUUAUGAAACGCACUGUAUUUCCCGAAACUCCAAAUUUUCUUUUAAAAGCAAAAGGUUUUCAGUUUUCAGACACAAUGUAUUGUCUACAAUGGCUGAUUCCGGUUCUACUGAUUCCAAAACACUGGCUACAUCCAAUGUUUCUGGCCGAACAAGCACUAUUCAUGUGGUUUUAUAUAGUCGGAUUUUUCUUGGAACGAAGGUACGUUGCCUAGGUAAUUGCACAAAGUGCAUUGAUUUUUAUUAUUUGUAACUAACUAACAAUUAUUUUUGAGAUGAGGGUUAUGAUAUAAAAAAUAAUAAUAAAAGCGCGUUUUGAAGGGAAAAAAAAUAAAAGAAUAACAAUUUUUGAUAAAAUCAAUAGAGCAGAACAAUAAUGUGAUGGGAAAAAACAUGAAAUCAAAUCAAUCGAUUUUUCUUUCCAGGCCAUGCCACAUAUGCUCGGGAAUCUUCUUCAUCGCUCUAUUUUUGAUCUGCUAUUCCGAUCCGGAUAGCUGUAUUUUCUGGCCGACUUGCAACAAACAAUUGAAUGGCGAAGCUUGCACUUAUGUGUUUCAGGAACGUCUUCGAAACCUUUUCUAG